AUGCAGUCGAGCGGCGACCCCGAGCAGAGGAGCGGUAAGCGCAAAUCGAUCGGCAAGAGGAAGCUUUCUGAUCAAGGAGAGCCAUCGCAGCCACAGUCGCAGAGGACCAUCUCCGAGCUUCUAUCGAAGAACAAAUAUCCACACAAUUCGCUGCCACCGAAAUCCUCCCCGACCUCUAAGCGAUCCCGCUUCUCCGUCUCCCCCUCGCGCUCAUCCCCAGCUCACGCAGUCUCACCCAAUAAGAUGUAUAACUUCUCGGGAUCCCCGCCCAAGAAUGGCGCGGCUUUUGUCCGGGCUGUGCCUGCAUCUAACACUGCAUCAGACAAAUCCGCGAUUAACCCUCGUCAGAACAACUUCAACCCUGGUGCCGGCCCUAGAAAGCUCGUCGUCAAGAACCUUCGAACUGGACCUCGGGCCAAUCAUGAGCCAUACUUUAACAAGAUCUGGACACAACUUGAUGGGGCCUUGACAGAUAUCUUUGAAGAUAGGAAGCCGAAUAUCUCACUCGAAGAACUUUACAAGGGUGCUGAGAACAUCUGUCGACAAGAUGGGGCGACUAUGUUGGCGAAGAAAGUCCAGGACAGGUGCAAGGCGUAUGUUGCGGGUAAACUACGUGAUAAUCUGGUGACAAGGACAGGAGGUGGUACAGAUGUCGAUACAUUGCGGGCAGUGAUCGAGGCAUGGUCCUCCUGGCAUUCAAGACUAAUUACGGUCCGCUGGGUUUUCUACUACCUUGACCAGUCAUUCCUCUUACAUUCGAAAGACUUCCCGGUGAUUCAUGAAAUGGGACUCAUCCAAUUUCGCUCCUACGUCUUCGCCGACAAAAGUCUUAAGCCCAAGGUUUUGCAAGGUGCCUAUGACCUCAUCUCCGUUGACCGAGGAGCGGAGACUAGGAUUAUGCCGGACCAAAGUCUACUUAAGAAUGCCAUGGACCUCUUCCACAACCUGGAUGUAUACAACAGCGAUUUCGAGCCAUUAUUCAUAUCCAACACCGAGAAGUUUGUGACGGCGUGGGCUGCGGAGGAGUCAGAAAAGCCUCUUGCCUCAUAUGUCGAGAAUAGCCACUGCUUGAUUGAACGUGAGGUGGAAAGAUGUGGAUUCUUUUCCCUCAACCGAAGCACGAAGCAAAAACUGUCCGAACUCCUGGAUCAAUCUCUGGUUGCCGAGCAUGAGGACGUCCUUCUCAGACAGAAUGAAGUGGUUGCAUUGAUGCGAUCGGGGAACAAUACUGCUCUGAAGCAGCUUUACGGUCUGCUCACUCGGCGAGGCCUCGGUAUCAAGCUCAAACCAGCGUUUGGAAGCUUCAUCGUGGAGGAAGGCUCCAAUAUCGUGUUUGAUGAACAUCAAGAAGUAGUCAUGGUCAUACGAUUACUCAAAUUCAAACAACAGCUAGACGAGACUUGGUCUGAUUCGUUCAACGGGGACGUGGACCUUGGUAACACUCUCCGGGACUCAUUUGGUCAAUUUAUGAAUUUGGGCAAGAAGUCAGAAUCUUCCGGUGGGACUGACAACCCUAAGACUGGUGAGAUGAUUGCCAAAUACGUCGAUCGGCUGUUAAAGGGUGGAUUGAAGUCACUGCCACCUAGUCAAGCAGAUGCGCCGCUAGACGACUCAUUCUCUGAAAUGCGACGACAGCUUGACCAAGUGCUCGAUCUUUUCCGAUUUGUGCAAGGGAAGGCAGUCUUCGAAGCAUUUUACAAGAAUGAUCUUGCCCGGCGUCUGUUGAUGAACAGAAGCGCAAGUGACGAGGCCGAGAAGGAGAUGCUUGUUCUCUUGAAGAAAGAAUGCGGGUCAGGCUUCACUCAUAACCUUGAAUCGAUGUUCAAGGACAUGGAUGUAGCACGCGACGAGAUGGCUGCUUAUAAUUCUAUGCAGAAGCAGCUUGAUCGUGAACAGCGUCUGUCUAUGGAUUUGAAUGUUAGCGUGCUCUCCGCGGCGUCUUGGCCGACAUACCCCGAAGUUCCUGUCCAGGUCCCACCGAGCAUCCUGAGCGCGCUGAACAGCUUUGAGAAGUUCUAUCAUAACAAGCACAAUGGCCGUAAACUCACCUGGAAGCACCAAUUGGCGCACUGCCAGCUAAUAGCUCGAUUCCCCAAGGGCAAGAAAGAGCUGGUAGUCAGUUCUUUCCAGGCAAUUGUACUGCUCCUAUUCAAUGACGCCGAGGGCGAUACCUUAAGCUACAAGGACAUCCAGGAGCAGACCGGACUAUCGGACCCGGAAUUGAAGCGAACCCUGCAGUCUUUGGCGUGCGCCAAGUACCGUGUGCUGAACAAGAAGCCCAAGGGUAAGGAAGUCGAGUCGACGGACGAAUUCAGCUGGAACUCUCAGUUCAAUGAUGCCAAGAUGCGGAUCAAAAUCAACCAGGUCCAACUGAAGGAAACGAAGGAGGAGAACAAGACUACCCACGAGCGUGUGGCAGCAGAUCGUCAUUUCGAAACUCAAGCGGCGAUUGUGCGCAUCAUGAAGAGCCGCAAGACCAUCACGCACUCCGAGUUGAUUGCAGAGGUCAUCGAGGCUACUCUCAGCCGGGGUCAGCUCCAGCCUCCAGAUAUUAAGGAAAACAUUAACAAAUUGAUCGAGAAGGACUACAUGGAACGAGUUGAACCUAACUCGUACAGUUAUGUGGCAUAGAUAAGAAUGAUAGCAUGACCAUG